AUGGCUCUGCUGGUCUCAUUUAGUGGAGGGAAUCGGGUCAUAGCGUGGGUCCUGCUUCUGCUGCUGACAACUGUGUGCGUGCAAGCUGGGAACUCAGCAAGAUCCAACAGAGAAGGUGCCUUUGGGGUCACCCUACCAGCAUGCCUCUCUGGUGUCCGGGGCGGCACCAUCGAGAUCCCCUUUUCCUUCUACUUCCCCUGGGAGUUGGCACCGGACCCACAGAUGAGGAUUCUCUGGAGAUGGAAGAAGUUCUAUGGGGAAUUGAUCUACAACUCUUCCUCGGGUUUCAUACAUGAGCAUUUCAAGGACCGGCUCAUCCUGAACUGGACACAGCCUCAGACAUCCGGAGUCCUCAGAAUCCUGGAUUUGAAGAAGCAGGACCAGACAACUUACAUCUGCCAAGUUCGUCUGUACACAAGUAAAGACAUACAGGUGUUUCAAUCGAAUGUUGGGACCCACCUCACCAUCACUCAAGGAGAGCACAUCCCAGUAUCUGACAGCAAAGAGUGCUACAGAGACAUCUCUAGAACAUCUUCACUCCUACUGGGGAAGUUCCAUGCUGACUCUGACUUCCUUUAUCUCUUCCCAGUCCCUGAAACCACCGCUCCAAGCCCCACCACUGCAACUUCUGAAGGCCAGAUGAGCGGGAUUCAGACCCUGGAUCUGAGAACCACAGUUGGGUUGGCAGUGGCUGCUGCUGUACUCCUGGCUGGGGUUUUGGGAUUGAUGGUGUUCCUCAUGUGGAAGAGAAGGAAAGGCCAGAGGACUAAAGCUGAAACCCCAGCCAGGGAACUCAUUGAAAACACUGAGAAAUGUGAGCAAGUUGAGCCUGAAGGAGAACAUAUGGACCCCAAAGAUAACCCCAAGGACAACAUCGUGUAUGCCUCCAUUGCCCUCUCAAGCCCGACCUCCCCAGGAACACCAGGCUGCCUGCCUGUCCAUGAGAACCUCCAGGAAGAGACUGUAUACUCCAUCGUAAAGGUCAAAUGAGCGGGUCUGGGCGACCAUCUCAGAGUCACCUUUGCUUCUAGUAGGAAGACUCCCAGCUUCCACUGAUACCCACAGAGUCAGAUGCUCACAGGUCACAGAUACCCAUGGGCAGGACAGAAAUUCACAUGUCAGGGAUUUGAACUCAGAGAAACUGAGAAACUCCCAGUUUCCUGUUCUAACUUCCUAGGCUUUUUUUCAUACAAAUAAAAAGAUCCACCAAAUUUGCCUAAA